UUGUGCAUCUGUUGCCAGCGGCCUGCCUGCCUGCCUUGCCACAGGCCUCGGCACAGCCACAGCAGCCAACUGCCGCCGCUGAGCUCUCCGUUGUUGGUCGUCAGCGCGCGCGUGUCGAAGCCAAGUACUACCUCCACUCUGCGGCUGCCCGGCGUAGAGAGAGGAGACGAGCGGCAGUUUUUUGUCACACGGCGUGCAACGUAGCAGCAGCAGCACCUCAGCGGUAACUUUUGCCUCUGUUCACGCCCCCGGACGACGCAAGCCGGCGAGUUUGAACCCGAGCGAGUUGGAGACACACAGAAGAAAGGAAAAGUGCGUGUGUUUGCGUGCUCCUCGUGCUUUUUUCGAGAGAGAGAGACUCACUACCCGCGACCGAGCGGGACCCGGCAGCUAUGGGUUAGACUACCGAAAGAAGUAUUUACAAACCCCGCUGCUAGUUGAAUCGCGCUGAACGAUUGGUUCUUGAUUUUUUUGUUUUCUUUCGUUUCCUCUUAUUCUUUUAUCGUGUUUUCUUCCUCUCUCUGAGCUCAUGGUUCUCUUGCCCGUUCCUGUGCGGAGGACUUGUGUGUUUAUCGUCGCGUUAAUUUGCGCCGGCUGCCUUCUUGAGCUACAGGAGAGGUACAAGAGGAGUUUGUUCGUCGACAGUGUCUGCGGGAAGCUGAAAAAAACAAACAAAUAAGAAAGAAAACAAGAAGCAAAAUAAUAUAGGGGGAGUUCGGUUCUCCGUCGUCGUGUUGCUCCGUGUUGCUCUACAGGUGGUUUUUUUUCGUGUGUGUGCGAGGCGGGCGAACGGGCGCCUGUGUGUGUGUGUUGUUUUUUUCAAGUUCUAGCACGCGCCUGUGUUUCGGUGUUCCACAGUGUUGCUGCGGCCCGGCCGCAAGGAUUAUUUUGAUCAGCGACGUCGAAAGAUCGGUUGGUUGGUUGGGUGUUGAGCCGCGUUGCUCGAUGCUUCGUGGCGGAUAGCGGCGACGUGCGCAGACCGCCUAUCUCUCUUCGGCUCUCCGACUGUAUAGUGUGUUGUGCGGCGCCGAGUUAGUGUGUGCGUGCGUGCGCGCGUGUGUGUGUGCGCGGCUCGUCGCCGUCUUCGAAAACAUGAUAUCGGCCGCCUCUCGAAGGCGCCGUAGUCGUCCAACCUCGACUGCCGCUCCGCGCUACCUCCGACGCCGCUGCGACGUCGCGGCGAGCGGUGCUGCUCGCACUUCGCGGCGGCCCACAUGACGUGGUGUGCUGGUGACGCUGCUAUGAUAGCCGCCGGGGUGAGGAAUUCCUACGUCGAGCCGACGAAGUCAACCGCCGUCAGCCCCAUGCCAGCCGGCGAGGGGAUAGUGACGCGUCCCUGAAACGAAAAACAGCAACAACAAGACACGAGCCCCGCCAGGAGCCGCUGCGAUGGGACCGGGCGGCGGGGGUACCAGCGGCGGCUCCCAGGCUCCUGGUACCCCUCCUGCUGCUGCUGCCGCCUCUGCUGGUCCUGCUGGCGCCCUGUGCGUCGCUGGUACGCGCCGAAGACUCGUCGACGACCCGGAAUUCCGGGCCGUUGCCGUCGCCGGCGAUGAACGCGUCCGCGAAGACGACGACCGCGGACGUCCUCGGCACGGGAACGGCGUCGUCCGGUAGCCCGGGGACCCGCGGAGACCCGGCGACGAAUCUGUCCUGGGCCGUCGACCGAUCCCCGUCGCCCUCCCGAGACGGGACGGUGGGGUCUACGGAACGGCACGUCGUCGCUGCGAAGGCGAGCGGUGAUACCCCGCACCAGGCCGUACCGGCGGCUCCGUCGAGCCCGGUGACGCCCGCGGCGGCGGAGGCCAGCACGUCGACGACGACGGCGGCCGAGCGCAAGCCGCUGCUCGUCGCCUACCUGAGCAACGUGGCCGGCACGGACAACCUGCGCCGCCAGGGCCUGGUGGUGUCGGGCGCCAUGAAGUACGCCGUGGAGCUGGUCAACCGGAACCGCUCGAUCCCGGGCUACCGGAUGGAGAUGAUGUACCGCGACACCCGGGGCGAGAUGCUGCGGGGCACCCGGGCGGUGCUCGACUGCUGGAAGGGCGGCGCGGUCGCCUUCUUCGGGCCGGAGGACUCGUGCUACGUCGAGGCGGCCGUCGCGGCCUCGCUCAACCUGCCCAUGAUCUCAUACAAAUGCUCGGAUGCCAACGUAGCGAACAUUGAGAACACCACGUUCGCCCGCACCGUACCUUCCGCUGCUCUGGUGGUCCGCAGUGUGACGGCGCUGCUGCGCUACUACAACUGGCGAAAGUUCAGUAUCGUCCAGGAGAACUCCCUGGGCUACGAAACGGUGGCGCAGUCGCUGGAGACCCGCGUCAAGGAGAAGGGCUUCAUCAUCAACUCGAGGAACGUGUUCAACUCGGACCUGAGCUGCUGCGAGCAGAAGCUGCCGUGCUGCCAGACUGCCAUGACCAAGAUGCUGGACGAGACGUACCGGAAGACGCGCAUCUACGUGUACUUGGGCAACUACCGGGACCUGCAGACGUUGCUCAUCGCCAUGAGGAUGCGGGGACUGACCGACAAGGCCGAGUACUUGGUCAUCAUGAUCAACCACGACAUCCACUCGUGGGAGGACUUCAACUUGAAUUUUUUCGGGAAGGUUCCCGAGAAGGACAUUCGCGCCCUGAGUGACGCGUGCAGUCAGCUGAUGGUGAUCCUGCCCAGGCCGCCCACUGGCGACUCGUACUCGGAAUUCAUCGAGAAAGUGCGAGAGUACAACCAGAAGGAGCCGUUCAACUUUCCUCCUGGACUGGCUUCCUUCAAGAAGCACAUCACGGAGUACGCAUCGUACUUGUACGAUUCGGUGAUGCUGUACGCCGACGCGGUCACUGCGCUGAUCCACAAGAACCACAGCAUCACCGAUGGUCGUGCCGUCAUUCGGGAGAUCAUAGGCAGGAAACGCUACAAAAGUGUGACUACCGCCGAGAUGAGCAUCACGCCCAAGGGCGACGUGGAGGGCAACUACACGGUGCUCGCCUUCCUGCCCGUCGCCGACGAGGCUGCCACCAGGGUGCGCGACCGUCUGGCAAGCGCCCGCCGGGCUUCGUACCCGGUCAUCGAGCGGCUCUUCCAGCCCGUCGGCGGCUUCAAGUACGUCGACGACGAGACGGCCGAGUUCGAGCUCAGCAUCAACAGCACCGUCCUCUGGAAGAACGGGCAGCCUCCUCUGGAGGAACCGCCCUGCGGCUACGACGGCUCCGGUUGCACUCCACCACUGGAUAACCGGCGAGAGAUACUAGCCAGCGUUCUCGGUGUCCUGCUCAUUCUGGUGUCCGUGUUCGCAACCGUUGUUUACAGGAACUGGAAGUACGAGCAGGAGAUCGCGGGUCUCCUCUGGAUGAUUGACAAGCGGGAGCUGGAGCCCCUGACCACCUUGACCGGCCCGAAGCACGGUAUAAGCAAGCUCAGCCUGAUCAGCCAGAUGGUGAGCGACUCCCGGAUGAUGCACCUGUCCGGGGACACAUACCGCUACCGAGGCACCAUGACGUACGUGAAGAAGCUCGUCUACCACCGCCGAUCGGCCGACAUCCCGCGAGCAGUCAAGAAGGAGAUGAAACUGAUGCGCGAGCUGCACCACGAGAACCUGAACCCUUUCGUGGGAGCCUGCGUGGAGCCCAACUGCAUCUACGCCGUCUCCGAGCUGUGCGUCAAAGGAAACCUGCAGGACAUUCUGGAAAAUGACGUCAUAAAGUUGGACAACAUGUUCAUCGCUUCGUUCGUUUUCGACAUCAUAAAGGGCCUGCGCUACCUGCACGAGAGCGACCUGCGGGUGCACGGGAACCUCAGGUCGACCAACGUGCUCGUCACCAACCUGUGGGUGCUUCGACUCACCAAUUUCGGCCUGCUCGAGCUGCGUUCCACCAAUGCGGCGGCGCGCGCAAGCCGGGACGACAAGGAGGACUACCAGCUGUACCGCUGCCAGCUCUGGCGAUCGCCCGAGGUGCUCCGUAAGCCGUCGAACUACCCGCGGGGAAGCCAGAAGGACGACAUGUACGCGUUCGCCAUCAUUCUGCACGAGAUCAUCGGUCGCCAGGGCCCCUGGGGCAGCACGCGACUCGAACCCAAAGCGAUCAUAGACAAGGUGAAGGCUGGUGGCGACCCGCCAUUCCGGCCGCCGGUAUCGGACCUGCAGUGCCAGGACUACGUGCUGAGCGUCAUCACUGACUGCUGGGCAGAGAAGUGUGAUGCGAGGCCCGAACUGAGCCAGGUGCAGGAGCGCCUCAAGAAGAUGCGUCAGGGCAUGAAGCCCAACAUCAUGGACAACCUGAUGGCCCUGAUGGAGAAAUACGCUAACAACUUGGAGGAGCUGGUGACUGAGCGAACGUGCCUUUUGGAAGAAGAGAAAAAGAAAACAGAGGCCCUACUGCAUCGCAUGCUGCCAAAGACCGUAGCUCUCCAACUGAUGCGGGGUCAGAUGGUGGUGCCCGAGUCCUUCGAUUCCGUGACCAUCUACUUCAGCGACAUCGUUGGCUUCACCGAGAUGUCGGCCACCAGCACGCCACUGGAGGUGGUGAACUUCCUCAACGAGCUGUACACGUGCUUCGACUCGAUCAUCCGCCACUACGACGUGUACAAGGUGGAGACCAUCGGCGACGCCUACAUGGUGGUGAGCGGGCUGCCAGAGCGCAAUGAUGACGCGCACGCCCGCGAGGUGGCCUCCAUGGCGCUCGAGAUCCUGGACGCCGUGCGGCACUUCACCAUACGGCACCGGCCCGGAGCGACGCUCAAGCUGCGCAUCGGCAUCCACUCGGGGCCCGUGGUCGCCGGUGUGGUCGGGCUCACCAUGCCCCGGUACUGUCUCUUUGGCGACACCGUCAACACCGCAUCCCGCAUGGAGUCCAACGGUGAAGCGCUAAAGAUUCACAUCAGCAGCCAGUGCAGGGACCUGCUUGUAAAAAUUGGAGGAUAUGACAUUGCGGACCGGGGACUUGUAAAAAUGAAGGGCAAGGGCGAGCUGCGCACCUAUUGGCUGCUGGGCCACAAGGCGGGACCUCAGCAUCGCCGUGGCGAUGGCAACCAGUUUUUGCCGGCGCCGCUGUUCAAUGUGGGUGAUGGUGGCUCGGUAGGGGGUGCCAUGGCGGCGCCCCACCGGAGCCCCAAGACAGAGGGCCUACCUCGGCGGGGGUCACUCAUCCCCAAGCUGCCGGACCACGACACUGACCUGUUGGGCACAGCCCUUAUGAAUGGCUCCGUCAUGGGCGGCAUCCAGGCCCUGCACCGACUAAAGCAGGACAGUCCGGGCAUCCUGCGUCCCAAGCCGUCGCGGGAGUCUUCCUUCACGUACAAGGGCCCUCGGCGGCACGACUUCUCCGAAGCCCCGUCGUCGCGCACCAACAGCGUGGCCGACCUCGACGGCAGCGGCCUCAUACUGCCGCGGCGGAACGAGUCGACGCUGUCGCCCUGCGCCAAGGACGAGUUCGGCUGCUCGAACCCGGAUCUGGCCGUGCUCAGGGCCCGGCAGUGGGCCGCCGACCGCGGCAAGAACGGGCUCAAGAGCCUGGACGAGAGCGCCAGGCCCCUGCUUCGCGACGCGUCGACCAACUGCAACGGCAACGGCGGGGGCCACCUGCUGUCGCUCGCCGAGGACGCCGCCAAGCGGUGGCGCUCGUGCGACGAGAUCGCCGCCCUGGCGCCCACCCGCGACAAGCUGAAGAAAGUGUUCACCGGCCUGCUGCGUGCGGGCGCGUCGCGCGAGAAGUCGCGGGAUUGGGACUCGACGACGGUGGACGCCGGCGGAGGUCUGCCCAGGCUCGUGUGCGAGACGGCCGAGGACACGACGGAAAGCAUCGUCUGAGCAUCACGUGUGCGGGGAUCCCCUCGCCGUCGGUAUUCGACGAACCACCGCCCUUUAAGGAAACGGUUCCACAUAGCAGUUAAGGCCAGUGCCGCAAGCAUGCGCUCCUUCCCUUUCGCCAAACCGUGACAAGUUGGCACCGACACAAGGGGAAUUGAAGGCCUGCAAGCGUGAGCUUUCACCAGCUCCAUGCACCGCCAACCGAGGUUCAAGUGUGGAAGGACCUCAAGACGUGGGAAACACAUCGUACGGGCCUGUGCCGUUAGCGUGUGCUCUUUAUUAAGUGCCGGUUUUAGUAAUUCAAGGCCCAUAGGCAUCAGAAGGCCUGGUUGCUUCUGGUGAACUUGAACAGGAACAUUGAACCCAUUAUGGGAACUCAUCGCACGAGCUAGAGAGGUAGACACCAGUUCUUCCUCACCGGCACGCCACAGAUAUGCCGGCCAUGAUUUGUAAUUGAAAACCUGCAGAUCAUUAUGCAAAAAAGGUCAUGCAGAUCAUUCAGAGCACUGCCGAGAUGGCUUCUGGUAAUGACCAUGAGCAUUUUCUCGCUCGCUGUCAAAAGGGCUGGGAAGUUUUGUUUGAGAUACACGUAGCUUUUUAAAGUGACAUGAGCUCACUUGCGCGGUAUGUUCAACUUGCGGCACCGCUGAAAGCAAUAGGCAGCAAUGGUGGUGCACGGACAAACCGUCUGUGCCACGGAACUGUUUGCUCCGCAGCCAGAAAUUAAAUGGCGGCUUCCAGCAGUGCUGGAGUCAAGAAGAGCUACAUUGGCCGUAGUUGUACAGUUGAAGUAAAGCGUCUUGGGCUUCCAUGACAGUGGCUUGAGUUCUUUCCUCACCGUCUUAAGGUGCAAGUGGAAUUUUUUGAAGAUGUGUAGUACUUCUUUCUAAACUCCGGCAACAAAUGAAGAUACCGCCUCGCUUCAUGCAAAUGGGGGAUGCCAGACAAGUACACCACUGUAAUGUGAGAAGGAAACAUUCAGUAAUGUGGGUGCUUCGAGGACGGUGGCUUUGAGGGAACUGUUUCUAGGUCACUGUAUGCAUUGUGCCGUCAGCUCAUUGGGACCGAGCUUUAAUAUGGUGGCGAUGGCCUGGAUGCCAUCAUGACUGCUAUGCCAGCGCAGCAGCUGUCACGCUUCUAGCCGUGUCAAGGAAAACCGGGACAGUCCCUGCGGAAGAGUCAGUGUGUUACAAGUUACCUUUGGCGUCUACAUUCCUGAGAGCCGAGUGUGUCGUUCGCCAGGUGAGGUGCGACAUGACUGCGUGCCAGCUCCUCCGUGGCGGUGGUGGCAAGUUGCGAUUCGUGGGGCAACAUAGUGUGCAUCUGACGCAAAUAACAAGUGCCACAAGACAAAUUAUAUGUGCCAUGCUGAGCGGAACUUUUUUUUUUUUUAACUGUGGACACAGAUUUUGUGAAGUCAUCCUUGCGAGUUGUAUUUUUUUCUUUUUGUGACAAAUUUUUGCCAAAAAUGUGCCUGCAUGGUUUCGCGAAGAGCCUAUCAUGCAGCUGAGCACUGUGCUUCCGGAGCCAUAUUUCCUUUUUUUUUUUUCAGCACACGCACACAAACUUUUUGACACGUGUGAAUGGCCGCGUAUGCAUCAAUGUGCUGGGAGCACCUGAUAGUGUCAAAGCUCGGAAGUGUUUAGAGUUUUGUGUUUCUAAUUUUUUUUGGAUUGUGUUCUUUUGGUAUCGGCACGUUGAUGUGUCACCGACUUCUCGGUACACUUCGUUUGAACGUACCAUGAACAAUUUAACAAAUAACUUGUUUAAAUUUUAUCCCCCUACAUUUUUUUUUGUACUUGUGUGUGAGAGUCCAUCCUCAUUCCAAGGCAGACAAAUGAACAAGUGUGUUUCUAUGUCUGUUGCACUAUAUUCAACAAUACUUUGUUCGUGUCAUGCUGCAGCAGUACUGCAAGAGCUGCAGUUGCAGAAUGUAAGUUGAGCUUAAUGUCAGUCUCGAAAAUGCAUUUCCCGCAGUCUUUUUAUUCAUAGUCACCUUUUUCUUUAAUUUGUCCGUAGAAUGUGAGGACUUCCUAUUGUUGUUUAGCAUCAACCGAAGCGUUGUAUUUAAUGUUUUUCACGUGGGUUCCCUGUGUGCUUAUGAUAAAUGUGAAUCAGUUUUGUGUGUCUGUGAGCACAUUGUGUUCUCACUUACGGGAUUAGUACCUGAAAGGCAAGAGAAGAAUCAAAGUUGUUUUUUUUUUCCAGAAAGACGUGAUUUUUUUUUUUUUUUUUGACGAGCACGGUGAUAGAAACAGGCAGAAUGCUUGUUGAGAACAACUGCUCUCCGCUAGCAGCGGGUGCCAAGUUAUCUAGAAUACAUUGGCUUUGUGACGCAUUAUUUAAGCUGCAAACUAAGCGCUCAGAUUGCGUUGUGUGAAAUAGCAAGAAUUUCCAUGCCUUCUGUGGCUCGGCGAGCUGACCGCAAAUUUUGUGCCUGGUGUUCCUGAGAAAUGCCUCUGCUGUGAGCUGAAUUCAACUACUAUAUUGCAUAGAGUGUAUGUACAUUGCGGUGCACCCACUUAAUGCACACGCCAUCUUUUUUUUUUCUGCCUAUGUGAAGAAUGGGUGACAAGAAGUGUUAGCAGGUGCAUGGCAUUGUUGUUCUUGUUUCCGAAGCUGGGUAGGUUAUGCAUAAAAAAAGGGAAAAAAAUAAGAUCUUGUGCAAUUCGUGAAAAGCUUUAACGUAUUGCAACUUCUCCAGAAAAAGGUGCGUUUGCUUACCGAUGUCUUAUUCCCAUGGCAUCUCUCAGCGUAGAAGUUCAUUUCUCAAUUGAUGCGCCGAAAAGAUGCGCUAAUCGCCACUUACGUUUCUAGCUUGCAACUUCUUGUUGUUCCUGAUAGGCCGAGUUGUGAGCAAUAGCUUGAGACCAAACAUUUCAAGCGUACCGAAAACCUUGGUGCUCGGCAAGUGUUUUGUUAACUUUAUUUUUGUUGCAUAAUGCUCGAUUCGUUGACUCGCUUACUGCAGACUUGAAAAAGCAAGCUGUGUGGUAUGUCCCUAUAAAACACUCCAAGCAACGAAAAAUUUUGAGUGUGUAUGUUCCUUUAUGGAAUUAAUUCAAUGGCAUCAUGCAGUGGACGAACAUUUAGCUGUAGUCAAUGCCUUGCUAAAAAUUGUCCAUAAACAUUAUUUUUUAUUCAGAAAGCACUUACCCUUCCAUUGCAUGGUACUGUAGACUCUGCAUACAUGUUCCCUAGUACAAUGGCACAACCUACUCUGGGAAAUCGGCCAUGAAUCGGGCAGUGAAAAAACAGUUAUCAAUCUUUUUCUUAUUUUUUUACUUUUUUUUCAUGAUGAGUAAAACAUUUUCUUUGCCCAGUUGGUUCAUAAUGGAGAAGGAAAAAGAGUAGCUAAAAAGAAACAAGGACAAAACAAUUGCGUACUCGUCCCAUCCUCUUCUUUUUCUUUUUUUUUCGCUACUGUUUUUCUUCUCAUUCAUGAUGAGGCAAGCAUGUCCAGAAUCUGAAUUGAAACUGCUUACUUAAAGAAAAAAAAAAAGAACAGCAGCCACGGUGCCCAAGUACUUAAUUGCAAGGAGCGGCGACUUCAUUUCUUUGGGCUUUAGCUGCAGGUAGACUUCUUUUAAUAGUGGCUCACACAUUUUGUGCGAAGCUCAUCGAAAUGCUUGAGCUCCGAUCAAGUGUAGCUUUGUCAUCCAGAAAGCUAACGAUAACUUGCAGCAAGAUUUAGUAUGUUCGCAGUAGUUGGCUCGUCAAGCAAGGAGCAUGGGCUCAUCAGCUGAACCAAUAGCUUCAGUGGCCACUAUAACAUGCACUAACAAUUCACAACCUUCAACAUUGUCUUCUGCAAAACUCUAGGUUCUUUAGCGCAACGCAGUCUUCUUUUUUUUUUCAUUAAGCCUAGCCUAAAUGCUGAAAGCAUGUGGCAGCUUUUCAUUUCACUUUAAUUGUUCACAGCAGAUGCCUUAGUGCCAUGAUACUUCGUAUUAAUCACUCGUGGGGAUGCACAAGCACUUAAGUGUACUUGGCGAAUAUGACGAGAGUCGGUGUUCAGCCUUUCUUUUUUUUUUUGUGCAGAUCCAUAGCUCUGCGUAUAGUACGCAUACAAAGAAUUCAAGGGCUACAGGAUCGGAAGAAUAACGGUGCAAUAGUAAUUUGUGUAUCAAGAUUGUUGCACUAAUAAAGACAGAUAGGCUGCACCAUCCUCCAAGUUUAACAAGUAGUGAGCCAGCAACAGGGCUUGUGAAGCUGGCCGAUGUCCCAGACAAAAUGCAGUCAACUGAAGAAUAGAGCAUUGUUGCAAAGGAUUCUGUUCGGGCUUUUCGGGCUUUUUCAUCAUGCGAAUGGGUAUGCAGGUAGUCACUGAUUGUGAAAUUCGCUGAUCGAAACCGAGAAUAGCAAACAAGAAUUUAAACUCCUUGCAUGUCCUUUGCUCACAGUCGGAACUUUCUGCAGGCAUUUAGGGAACGCUCUAACACAGACAACGGCACUUUGCGUUUUCUUGAGCAGAAGUCAAUAAAUAAUCCGGAAACAAGAAAAUAAAUAGAGAAAAGAAUUUACGCCCUGUUACUUAGUCUUCCGCAUCUCCUACAUUCUUUUUUUUUUUUGUCGUUGUGCACACUACUAGAAAAGAUUGGUUUUUAAGAAAAGCAUGUGUGUGGGAAGCUUAGAGGAAAGCCACCACAUUCAUUUGCCUUCAUCUGUCUCCAUGGCAUGGCAGCCAGCAUGGUAAACAAAUUGAAUUUCCGAGGACCUGAUCCAUGGGAUAGGCAGUGCUAACUGAUCAGGGAUGAGAGAGUUUUAUGUCUAGCCGCUGAAUUUAACGCAAUAAUUGUAUGAUGAUUGAUUGUAAGUUCCUUAGAUGCCUGUGACGGACCACUUUACAUAGCAGAAGUGACAAUGCCGAGAUGUGGAUGAGGGCUUGCAAAGUUGUGUAGUAAAGAUGGUAAAGGACGAUGCCAUCGUCUAAUGAAAGGUGUCAUACUUAAGAACUGGUGCAGCCGUAGAGAAAUCGCAAAUUUUGUAUGCGUUUUUUUUUUUUUGUCUCCCUCUUUAGCAGAAGUUGUUUCAAGCUCUCCCAGCUAGUCAACAGUCCACCUGAAGUCAUCAGUAUAAAAACUUGAACAGCGAGUGCAACUCUGCAGUUGUUUGCUCGCCUGAGCACAUAUGAAGCUAGGUUAUAUGGACUGCAGGAAAACAGACUUUCGGCUAAAUCACCGGCGUGGCGCUUGCAUCAGUGUAAAAUUAAGAUUUGAAAGCUUAAUCACGUGCAGGGCCGCAAAGAAGUUCGGGUAAUCUUUAAGUGAGUAUAUUCCACGAGUUGGAGUGGCUGGUCUACUAGAUACCGUUCGCUAGGAUCGUCUUCCUGGUUUAUUUUAUCGCAGAGUGUCGUGUUGUGCUUUCAUGUGUGCGUGCAUUUAUGUGCGAGUGCUUAUCUGUGUGGGCCUGCCAGAUGUUUUGUGUAUUAACAUGGAAGCAUCAGAGCACUAGAGCCAAGGACAAAGUAAAGGCGCACAUAAGAGGAUGAUGCUCUAUGCUGACUGACAACUGAUAGAUUUUUGUGACGGAUGAACAUUGAAAUGUAUUAAAUAUAUUUAAAUCAGUUGUCAGUAAGCACAGCGUGUAGUAUUUUUAUGCGCCUUUACUUUGUACUUGCCCCGACAGCGCUGUUUCUGAUACUUCUGUUGCAAAAGAUGCAGCACUCGCAAUUUAAUCAUGAGACUACUAAGAUUGCUUAUCUUGGCUUUAUCGGAACAUCAUUCAUCAAUGCAAGUGCAAUCGUGGAAUGUGGAGUUAUGGGUGUAAGCUGUAGCUCGGGACCAACUUGGAUUUUCUUAUUAGAAUACAUAUGAAGUGCAGAAAUUAUUUCAUUAGGCAACCACUGCUAUCUGAUAUUUUAAUAAUGUUUCUUGAACUUAAAGUAUAAAUUGAAAUUUUGUUAUCGAGGGAGUCCUUUUAUGAACGCCUUCGAAUGUUUUCAGAAAGUUUCCGAAGAUAAAAAAAAAUGUGAUGAAAGAAAAAGCACCAAGUUCACAAAUCUUCUAAUGAAGACGAAAAAACUUGUAGUGGUUCAGCGAACUAAGUCUGGUAUAUCGUCUACAGCCAUAAGUAUAUCCGGGGUACUAAUUUCCUGAUCACAAGAAAAGGUCUUACUGUGAUUACUUUGUUUCUAAAAAGCCCCUUGGAAAAAAUGUUGGUAUAUUCGAAAGUAACAUACAAUUUAUCAAUUUUGCCUAUUUUCGAUAACCUAAUAUAUACAGCUUACCAAUUUGUGAUUUGUUGUGAAGUUAUGUGUAUGUGAACUCGAUGCUUCAGUUUCUCAAUCUUGUCAAAAAAAAUAAUUGGGAAGCCUAAUGCAAAGAAAUCUGCAUCUUUGCGAUGCAGAUUUCCUCAUAAUUUUUAUCCAGGUCACUUUUGCAGGGGCCAUUUGAUGUCAUUUCUGCUUUUCACAUGUUUCUGAACAGAGCUGGCCCAAGCUAAAGCUUCCUUAAAUGCACAAGGUUGUUAAAGAAAGAGAAAGCAGCAUUGUUGGUCAAAAGCAAAAGCCUUCUUUCAGUUCUUUGUGUAGCCUUUGAAGCCGAAAGAGCUUUGUGCCUACUUCCCUAGGUAAAAUUCAAAUGUGUUACACAAUAUCCAAAAAAAAGAAGGAGGCAAACUGUGUUGAUGCCAGAUGGUAAGCCUUCAACGUUCAAUUCAUGCCACAGGUAUACUUUUUGUCUGCUUCAAGUAUUGUGGAUUCUCUUGCUGUCACCCAACUUUACCGCAUGUUUCUGCAGUGUAUGUCUCGUAUCUUCAAGAAACAUUGAGAUUUGAGACAAAACGAUCAUUUCUUCGGACGAAGCUUCAUAGCAGUGUCUAGGUCGAGAUUUGGACCACGUCAGAAUUUGGAUAAUAACCGCCAAUAUGGCUAUUAACAAAAUUUCAUAAAUUUUUUUUCUUUUUUGAUUAGUGAUUUUAUGGGGCGUGUCGUAAUUGCAAGAAUGACUUGGGCUAGUACCUAGACAGUGCAUAUUUUUGCACCAGAGACAUUGUGUCUUGCACACCUUUUAAGAAAGACCAGUGCACCAAAAUCGGCAUCGAAUGCCCUGCUGUUCCACUUAACCCUGUAAUGUCCGUCGUGUAAUUUUUUUUGCUACGCUGCGUUCAAUAUCUCAAAAUUCUGCUUUAUGCACAGAAAACGUAACACAUAGCAUAUAUUAGCGCGUUCGAUAUGCCGGAGCGAGUUUACAGUUCUAUAUAAUUAAUCGAACAAAUUGCUUAAUUCUGUUCUACACAAAAUAAGUUCUUGGCUAAAAAAAUAUUUCUUUUUGCACAAAUUUACUCCCUAUAGCCAGAAAUACGGGUGUGCAAGUUGUUUCUUAUUCUUCAUGAUUCAGAACUUUGUUUGGGCAUUUCAUCGUUAUGUCUCUCUACUGUAAAAAAAAUGCAGCGUGGAAAUCUCUCAAAAUUGUAACAGCAAUACAUAUUGUGGCAUACUUUCAGUGAAAGGAUAGCGAAGUUGUCAAGUUUGAAGUGAUUCACUCAAAGCGGUGCACAAAUGGGCGAGGAUGACUGGGAGAGGAACACAUCGCUGUUCUUGUGAGCUAUGAUCAUACUGCUGGGUUCCUUCCUAAUCGUACGUUUAUGCGCUGUUCAUGCCACCUUCAUAACAAUGACACGUACGCCACAUAUCCAAUAAUCUCUUGUAACAAGCAUAAAUAAACACACAUAUUCUUAUAUGAUCAUACGGGAUUAUUGGGUGUGCACGGCAUUGCAUGUGCUCGUAUGACAUUAUCGGAUAUGCGGAAUGUAUGUGUUGCGCGAGAUUCCUUUGAUGAGGAAUGGAACGCGUAUUCGUUCCGCAUAUCUUGAAACUUGUGCUCUAGCGCCAAUCUUGAGGCUCGAGUCAUAUGCGGCUACAACAUACCCCACGAAAUCAUCAAUUGUAGAAGGAUAAUUGGAGUAAUUCUGUUAAUGCGCUCGCGACUUCGCAAGAAAUUUUGAUGUCCGCCAUGUGAAGCUUGCUUGGUCAGCAAAAAAUUAUCGCUGUCUCGAAUUUCGCCUAUCAUUUAACAAUCUGAUAUGGUCGUCGCAAGAAACAUGUGGUGUAUAUAUAUAUAUACAUAUAUAAAACUUGAGCAACAGUGGUGAGUUGAUAUUUCAUCGCCUGCCAAGCCUUGCAUGACCCAGCGUCCGCACUUGACACGUUUUGCAAAAGCAUGAAGAGACGAGGGGAAAAAUAUAUAUAUUAAAGAAAAGGUGUGUGUAAGUGCCAAAUGCACACUUCUUUUUUUUUUCUUCAUGGGGUGACUUCUGUGAUACGAGUUACACGUUAAAGAGUUUUGAAAUGUCACGCUGUUGUCAUUGUUUAUUUUUUUUCUCCCUCCUAUAUCUCUAUCGAAGCUGAGACCGAGUGGUUGGACUUGGCUUCUUGGCAUUAGUGUAAAUAAAAACGAAUUAUUUUUU